AUGCACACCCUGCUUUCACAACCCCUCACACGCCCACCACAACCAAACCCACCAAUUCCCACUUCUUUCACAAACCAAACAAAACCACCCAAUUUGAACCUCCAAUCCUCAAACAUAAUCCCGCAACUAACCCUUCUUAACAACCACCCACUUACUUCCACCACCACCUACGCUGUCAUUCUCCAAUCUUCCCCUCUCACUCUAGGAAAACAACUUCACUCCCACUCCAUCAAAACUGGCUUCCACAACCACCAUUUUGUUCAAACCAAGUUACUUCAAAUGUAUUCCACCAACUCAUCUUUUGAAGAUGCCUGCCACAUGUUUGACACAAUGCCGCUUAAAAACUUGCAUUCUUGGACUGCACUUAUACGCCUUCAUCUUAACACGGGGUUGUUUCAAAAAGCUUUUAUGCUUUUUAAGGAAUUGUUAUGUGAUGGGUCGAGAGAAAAAUUGGAUUUUUUUGUGUUCCCUGUUGUGUUGAACAUUUGUUGUGGUCUUGGUGAUUUGGAACUAGGUAGGCAACUUCAUGGGAUGGUUUUGAAACUUGGGUUUGUUACUAAUGUUUAUGUGGGGAAUGCUUUGAUUGAUAUGUAUGGUAAAUGUGGGGGCUUAGGUGAGGCUAAGAAAGUUCUAGAAGGAAUGUCGCAAAAGGAUUGUGUCUCUUGGAAUUCGAUUAUAACCGCGUGUGCCACCAAUGGGAUGGUGCAUGAGGCGUUGGAUCUCUUGCAAAACAUGUCAUUGAGUGAGUUGGAACCCAAUGUUGUUACUUGGAGUGCGGUUGUUGGAGGAUUUUCGAGUAAUGGUUAUGAUGUUGAGUCAAUUGAAUUGUUUUCUAGAAUGGUGGGAGUAGGGGUGGCACCAAAUGCUCAGACGCUGGCGAGCAUUCUACCUGCUUGUGCUAGGAUGAAAUGGCUUUGCUUUGGGAAAGAACUCCAUGGCUACGUUGUUAGACAUGAUUUGUUCCGCAGUAGUUUUGUUGUGAAUGCAUUAUUGGACAUGUAUAGAAGGUGUGGUGAUAUGAAAAAUGCUUUUGAAAUGUUUUCCAAGUUUGCGAGGAAAAGUGCAGCAUCUUACAAUACAAUGAUAGUUGGUUAUUCAGAAAAUGGUAAUAUCAUAAAGGCAAAGGAAUUAUUUGAUCGGAUGGAGCGAGAAGGCAUGGAGAGGGGUAGAAUAUCGUGGAAUUGUAUGAUAUCAGGUUAUGUGGAUAAUCUCAUGCUUGAUGAAGCUCUGAUGUUGUUUCGAGAUUUAUUGAUGGAAGGAAUUGAACCGGAUUCCUUCACUCUUGGAAGUAUCUUUACUGGAUGUGCUGAUACAGCUUCUGUUCGACAAGGGAAAGAGAUACAUUCCAUUGCAAUUGCCAAAGGUCUGCAGUCCAACAGCUUUGUCGGCGGAGCUUUGGUUGAAAUGUACUGUAAAUGCAAUGACAUUAUAGCUGCUCAAAUGGCAUUUGAUGAAAUAAGUGAAAGAGAUGCAUCAACAUGGAAUGUGUUAAUAUCUGGCUAUGCUCGGUCUAAUCAAAUUGAAAAAAUUGAAGAACUUCUUGACAAAAUGAAACGGGGUGGUUUUGAGCCUAAUGUGUAUACAUGGAAUAGUAUUUUAGCCGGCCUUAUGGAAAAUAAACAAUAUGAUUCAGCAAUACGAUUGUUCAAUGAAAUGCAGGUUUCAAAUUUGAGGCCUGACAUAUACACAGCUGGAAUAAUCUUAGCAGCAUGCUCCAAGUUGGCGACAAUCCACCGAGGAAAGCAAGUCCAUGCACAUUCCAUUAGAGCAGGGUACGACUCCGAUGUUCACAUCGGAACUGCCUUAAUAGACAUGUAUGCAAAAUGCGGGAGUAUUAAACACUGCCAUGAAGUUUAUAGCAAGAUAUCAAACCCUAAUUUGGUGUGCCACAAUGCUAUGCUCACCGCUUAUGCCAUGCAUGGACACGGCUUAGAAGGAAUUGCUAUUUUUCGCAGAAUGUUAGCUGACAAAGUUAGACCAGACCAUGUAACUUUCCUAUCAGUCAUUUCUUCAUGUGUUCACGCAGGAUCAAUCGAGAUUGGUUAUGAAUGCUUUUAUUUGAUGAAAAAAUACAACAUCACACCCACAUUAAAGCAUUAUACAUGCAUGAUCGACCUCUUGAGUCGUGCAGGGAAGCUCGCCGAAGCAUAUCAACUUAUCGAAAACCUGCCAAUGGAAGUCGAUUCAGUCACCUGGAGUGCUCUACUUGGAGGUUGUUUCAUUCAUAAGGAAGUAUCCUUAGGUGAAAUUGCAGCCGAAAAACUCAUUGAAUUGGAGCCGGAUAACACCGGAAACUAUGUUAUGUUAGCAAACUUGUAUGCUUCUGCAGGAAGAUGGCAUGAUCUUGCUAAAACUAGAGAGUUAAUGAAUGAUAAGAGAAUGCAAAAGAGUCCAGGAUGCAGUUGGAUAGAAGAUAGAGAUGGGAUCCAUGUUUUUCUUGCUAGUGAUAAAAGUCACCCAAAAAUUAAUGAAAUAUAUCUUACGCUAGAUAAUUUGACUAAGUUCAUUAGAAUAAAACACACAAAUGAAUUAUAA